AGGGAUUCUAUUUUGUUUUGAUUUUUGUUAUAAGGGCUCGACACACGAUCCGUCUGGCAUUCUGGUGGUUAUGCAAAAUCAAAGAAGAGAAAAAUCUCAAUUAGAUUCAAAUUAACUUUUCUAUACGCGUUACAUAGUAUAUUUAGACUAAAUACAAACGAGAAUGAGUGUAAUGACUAAAGAAUACCUUGACAAUCUUAUAGCAUCAGAACCAUGGCCUCAAACGGCUUAUCUUUAUCAACCGUACGAAGAGGGACAAAUAUUGUUGGCUGAAAAUGCCAGUUGUUUGGCAGUACGGACCUAUCUUAGGAUGCUGGAAUUGCCCUUCAAUGUAGAACAACGUGCUAAUGCAGAAUUUAUAUCCCCGGGUGGUAAACGAACCAAGCUGCCUGUAUUGCGGGUAGAAAACUUUACGUACGCUGAAUUUGGGCCCAUUCUUAGUUUUGUCGAGCAGAAAAAGUUGACACUGACCGGAAAUUUAUCACCCGAUGUGAAAGACGACAUUCGAACCAAUCUUUGUUUAGUGGAACAUAUUUUCACAAAUGCAGAGCAAUAUAUCAGUUGGCUGGAUCCACAAGUACGAAACGAAAUAACCAAACAACGGAAUGGUUGCGUCUAUCCGUUUCCACUGAAUCACAUCCAGAACUGGCGCAAACAGCGAUCUGUGUGUCGUCAACUGAAUGUGGCAGAAUAUUUGAAUUUGAAGCUCGAUGAGGUAGUUGCAGAGGUGGAUAAACUAUGUAUAUCGCUCAGCUCGAAAUUGGAUGAGAAAACAUACUUCUACGGCGAUGAACCUACUGAAUUAGACGCCUUGGUGUUCGGACAUUUGUUUAGCAUUUUUACAAUGACACUACCAAACAACGUGCUGGCCAUGACUAUCAACAAAUACAAAAACCUUACAACAUUUUGUAAAAAUGUUGAAGCCAAGUACUUCAAAAAAUCAGCUUCUGUCGCAAAAAGAGCAUAAGAGCAACAAACAGCAUUUAAUUGAUAGCAGUCUUCAAUCAAUAACUAAUAGUUGUGCAACUUUAAUUUGGGUACAAUAUUCAUGCUGGUUAGUUCUUGGAACAACAGCUUACAAGCGUACGGCAUAGAUAUUUUAGAAACACUGGCAGAUGAUCGACAAUUGUGGCACCAGGAAGAAUAAGCUAGUCUGCCACAAACAUUGCAAACAUCCACGUCAAAUGCAUCGGACGAAAUCAUCAACCGUUCCAUGAUUAGCAUCGAUGCGCCGUAAGAUAUCAAACAAUCCCGCUCCAUUUCUCCCAGACGAAGACCUCCUUCACGGCUACGUCCCUGUGUCGGUUGUCGAGUAAGUACUGCUCGGGGACCUCGGGCUCUAGCAUGCAUCUUAUCCUGCACCAUGUGCUUGAGUUUUUGAUAGUAGACAGGACCGGAAUAUAUAUACAUUUCAAGCGGUUCGCCUGUGAUUCCAGAAUAAAACACAUCUUUGCCCAAAUAAUUAAAACCAUUCUUAAACA